AUGAAAUUUGACGAUGGAGGCCCAUUUCGUACUAUCUAUGUUCUUCGGCAUACCCCAGCCGGCGGAAGUCCCCCGCUUUCCGCCGCCACGCCGCCAUGCUCCGCCUCCGCAGCUGCCAGCUGCUGCAUCCUCACUCGUCUCCUCUCUUCUCCCGCCACCUUCCCUCUCCACCGGCUGCUCUCAGCGGCUGCCUCCCCAAGCCCCUGGUUCUCCGUCGAGCAGUACCUCGUCGACACCUGCAGCCUCACCAGAGCGCAAGCCGCCAAGGCCUCCACCAAGCUCUCCCACCUCAAGUCCCCCACCAACCCCGACGCCGUCCUCGCCAUCCUCGCCGGUCUCGGCCUCUCCACCGCCGACGUCGCUUCCCUCGUCGCCAAGGACCCGCGGUUUCUCUGCGCCCGUGUGGAGACAACCCUGGCCCCUGUCGUCCUUGGCCUCACCGGAAUCGGCCUCUCAAAUAAUGACGUCGCGCGCCUCCUAUCGCUCGUUCCAUCCAGCUUCCGCCGUAGAUCCGUCGUCUCCAACCUACAACACUGCCUGCUGCUGUACGGCUCCUACGAGGUUCUCCUCCGAGCCUUCAAAUUCAACAAUAAUCUCCUCACAUACAGCUUCGAGAGGGCCAUAAAGCCCAACAUCGCCAUCCUGCGGGACUGUUGUCUAGGUGACUGUGAUAUUGCCAAGCUGAGCAUAGCUAUGCCGAGGAUGCUCACCCGAACCCCGGAGCGCUUCAGGGUGUUCGUGGCUUGCGCCCAAGGAUUAGGUGUGUCCCCUGGCUCUCCGAUGUUCAGACACGCGCUGCACGCCGUCGCGCGCCUCGGCGAGGACAAGAUCUCCACGAAGCUGGAGCACUUGAAGAAGACGUUCAGGUGGUCGGAUGCUGAGGUGCGUAUUGCUGUUUGUAAGGCUCCGAUGCUGCUCACGAGGUCUAAGGACAUGCUGCAAAGCAAAUCACAGUUUCUUAUCUCUGAGCUGGGGUUAGAACCGGCGUACAUUGCUCACCGGCCCGUAAUAAUCAAUCUUAGCCUGGAGGGCCGGCUCAGGCCCCGGUACUAUGUCCUAAAGUUUCUAAAGGAAAAGAGAUUGCUACAUCACAAUUUGGGGUACUAUACAAUUGUCCAGGCGACCGAGAAGGUACUCUUGGACAAGUACAUAUCCCCUCACAGUGAAGCCGCACCGCACCUCGCUGAAGACUAUGCAGCCGCUUGCAGAGGAGAAGCGCCUGCUAGAUUCAUAUUUGCUUGAACCAAGAACAUGGUGUUGAAUUCUGAAAAUACGUACUCCACAACAAAGAUUUAUUGUAAGCUGGUCAUUCAUGUA